AUGGACCUUAUGCCAAGGUCCAAACAAGACAAGGAAGAUGUUAUUGUCACGAGUGAUAUUACCAAACCGACCAAACAAGACAAGGAAGAUGAUAGCAAAUUUAUCGAACACCUUGAAGAAUGGGAUAGCAAAAAUCAUCAGAUUAUCACCUGGCUUAGUAACACAUCAAUUCCUGCUAUCCAUACACAAUUUGAUGCUUUUGAAAAUGCUAAGGAGUUAUGGGAUUUUCUGUCUACACGAUUUAAGUCCGUUGGAUUAGCGCAUUUCUAUCAGUUGCACAAUAACCUUGUUAAUCUUAAUCAAGAAGCUGGUCAAUCAGUCAAUGAGUAUCUAGUCGUGCUUCAACCUAUCUGGACUCAACUUGAUCAAGCUAAAAUCAGUCAAGAUCAUCUUCGUCUUAUUAAAGUCCUUAUGGGUUUUCGUUCAGAAUAUGAAUCUGUUAGGGCUGCCUUGUUACACCGCAGUCCCUUGCCCUUAUUGGAUGCUGCUAUCCAAGAAAUAUUAUUUGAAGAAAAACGUCUUGGCAUCAAUCUCACUAAACAUUUUGAUGUUGUUCUUGCCAGCACUUAUUCACCACCUGGAGCAUCAAGCACAUUUUGUAAAAGUUGUAAGCUCACUGGUCAUAAAUUUAUUGAUUGUCCUAAAAUAGAAUGCAGUCCUGCUAAGUCUUUACCUCCCAUUUAUGCUGCUGACGGCAAUUGUAUGAAUAUCACCCACAUUGGCACCAUUAAUGCUCCCAGUUUGAAUCUUUCACAUACUUAUUGUGUCCCAAACUUAAACUUUAAUCUAGUAUCUGUUGGUCAAUUGUGCGACCUUGGCUUAACUGUCUCUUUUUCUCCCAAUGGUUGUCAGGUUCAGGAUCCGCAGACGGGACAGACGAUUGGGAUGGGUCGCAAAGUGGGAAGAUUGUUUGAGUUCCUAUCACUUCAGGGCACUCUUGUUCAGCGCUCUUGCACUCACACUUCUCAACAAAAUGGACGUGCUGAGCGCAAACAUCGUCAUAUUCUUGAUUCAUCCCCUCUUGGUAAUGAGCUUGCUCAAUUUGUACCUACUUCGACAACCUCGGACCAGUCGUCCAUCUCUGAUGGUAGUUCUGAACCUACUCCAGACACCCCUCCUCAUCGUUCUACUCGAGUAAGGGAACCUCCUAUUCAUCUCCAAGAUUAUCACUGUUUUUCCACUAUCGUUUCCCUUGUUGAACCUACCUCUUAUCAAGAGGCUAGUACUGACCCUUUAUGGCAGAAAGCGAUGAAUGAUGAAUUACAGGCUCUUGAAAAGACGCACACUUUAAACUAUGUUGACUUACCUCCUGGUAAAAGACCCAUUGGCUGUAAGUGGAUCUACAAAAUCAAGACUCACUGUAAUGGUACUAUUGAGCGUUAUAAGACUCGUCUUGUAGCAAAAGAGUAUUCCCAAGAAUAUGGUAUUGACUAUGAAGAAACAUUUGCUUCUAUGGCUCGGAUGACGUCUGUUCACAGUUUAUUAGCUGUUGCUGCUGUCAAGCAGUGGCCUCUUCUUCAGAUGGAUGUCAAAAAUGCUUUUCUUAAUGGGACUCUUUCUGAAGAAGCCUAUAUGAAGCCACCUCCUAGUACUUUUUCUUCUCCUCACAAGGCCAUAUCCGAUCUCCAACAUUACCUUGGUCAACAUUUUGAAAUGAAAGACCUUGGAUCUCUCAACUACUUUCUUGGCCUUGAAGUCUCUCGAUGCUCGGACGGGUAUUUAUUGUCCCAAGCUAAAUAUGCCUCUGAUCUUUUAGCUCGCUCAGGAAUCACUAACUCUAACACAGCUUCAACGCCGUUAGAUCCCAAUGUUCAUCUAACACCUUAUGAUGGUGUUCCUCAUGAAGAUGUCAGUCUGUAUCGGCAACUCGUUGGCAGUCUCAUCUAUCUAACAGUGACUCGCCCAGACAUUGUAUAUGUUGGUCACAUUGUUAGCCAAUUUAUGGCUGCUCCUUGA